AUGGAUGCCAACUACACCGAAUCGCUGUUAGCCGACGACCAAAAGGCCCACUUUCGAACAUUUCCAAACGGGACGACUAUUUGCUGUUUACGUGCUUUCGAUGGUGCGCCCAGAGACGCGCUCGUUCGCUUUGAAUAUCUCGGCAAAGGCGCCGCCAAUGUCGUUUUUAAAAUUCACCGAUGGGAGUACGACUAUACACACGCAGGAACCUUUCUCUUUCUCUCUGUCCGUGAUCAGAAAGAUGGCCUCGCUGCGGCAGGAAUUCCAAGUGAGAUGGUUGCCAACCAAGUGCUCCGAGUUGCCAGAGGCAGGCCCAAGCAUUUAAACUGUGACGACAUCGUCUCUGGCUUUGAGGAAUCCGUUGAACCGAUCUUUGCGCCCGGGAUACUAAAGGCCCUUGAGAUCGACGAAACGUUCGAAGGCGCAGUCAAGCUACGCCAAGCUGAGAUCCAGCUAGGUGACGACUUCAGAAAGCAUCUCAUGGACCUCAAACGUGUAGCGCUCUUUCCAGGUACCUUGGCUUAUCUCGCUAGCCUGACCGAACGAAAUACGGUCACUAUGGGACGUUUUAAAAGCGAACAAUUCUUGGCGCUAAGAAAUAUGGGCAUCCUCCUCCCUGACAUGUCGCCCGUCUCAGGCGUCUCGAUCACCCUGGAAAUCAAGCCUAAAUGGCUUAUACAGUCUCCUUCAGCACCUAAAGACGCCGUCCGUUGCCGAACUUGUGCCAUGCAGGUCGCUAUACCGAAGGGCAGAGAGAACUACAUUUGCCCGCUCCGUCUGGUCCAUGGUAGUGCAGCCGAUCUCAGCUCAUGGGCUCGUGACAUAGUAGCAAGUCAAUUUGGCGAUGUCGCCGAUGUCCUGCGUGACCCGCAAAAAGAGCAACUGGUCUCCUCGAUGGUUAGACGACUGAUCGACUAUCUCACUACGGGCGACGGUUUGCUUCUCCUACUGCACAUGCAGUUUUUACAGGGCAGGCUUGAUCCCCAAGGCAUUAUCGUCCAAGAGCAAAUGCAACUACGCUUUGUUUUCGAUCACAAUUUGCGACUGGCCAUGACACUACGGGACUGUUCGCUAUUCAUCCUGAUACCUUACGCUGCCGAGUCCCCGAUUACAUCCAAGCUUGGCGAUUUGGACUUCAAGUCGGAGAAGAAAUUCGAUGACUGGAGGGAGAAAGAGGAGAUGCUAUUAAAGGGUGACAUGUACACAAAGACAGCAGAUGGGCCGGACUGCUGGCUUCUACGGGUUUAG